UUUUCGUGGAAAUUUCAUGUGACCAAUAGGCUUUUGUUCCUUCUUGGCUCCUCGAAUGAUCAAAUGUUCCGUCCUCUCUAUCUUCUCUCUUUCUCCGUUCGAUCAAGGCCCUACGGUUAGAUCUCUCUCUCUCUCUCUCUCUCUCUCUGGGGGAUCGUUUCUUAUCAUGUAGUGUAGUAUCUUCUUCUCUUCUGAGUUCAAAGGAGCAAGAGAAGAAGCGGCUUCGGUGAUCUGGGUUUCCUUCCCCGUUGUUGACCCGAUUGAUUUGUUCUACGGAGAUUUUCGUUUUUUGACGUGAGGGGUCGGAUUGGGCAGUGGGACGAGGAUGAUGGCGGAUUCAUCGCCCGAUUCUUGUUUGAAAGGAGGUAGGUUUUGCGCCCCAGGGUUUCGAUUUCACCCAACCGACGAGGAGCUUGUUGUGUAUUAUCUGAAGAGGAAGAUCUGUGGGAGAAGGCUCAGAAUCAAUGUAAUCGGUGUGGUCGAUGUGUACAAAUGGGAUCCCGAGGAAUUGCCUGGCCAGUCACUGUUGAAGUCAGGAGAUCGACAAUGGUUCUUUUUCACUCCGAGGAGUAGGAAGUAUCCCAAUGGAGCUAGGUCUAGUAGAGGCACUGUUCAUGGGUACUGGAAAGCUACAGGAAAGGAUCGAAACAUCGUGUAUAAUUCCCGAACCGUGGGAAUCAAGAAGACUCUUGUCUUUUACAGAGGCCGGGCGCCUAAUGGUGAACGAACUGACUGGGUCAUGCAUGAGUACACAAUGGAUGAAGAAGAACUCAGCAAAUGUCAGAAUGCUAAGGAUUAUUAUGCCCUUUACAAGCUGUACAAGAAAAGUGGAGCUGGUCCUAAAAAUGGUGAACAGUAUGGUGCUCCAUUCCAAGAAGAAGAAUGGGCUGAUGAUGAUGACAAGGAAGAAACAGAUUAUGGUGCUGAGCCAGUGCCUCUUGCUGUUGAGUCUAAUGGUGCUGCUUUUGUGGACGAUGGUGUACUUACCCGUGAUGAUAUCGAGGAACUCCUCAGAGGAAUUGCAGAUGCACCUGAAGUUCCUCCACGGCAAAUCAACAAUCUUCCUCAUGCUUUUCAUCAGGUAAACAGCGAAGAAGAUAUUCAGAGCACACUGAUGAAUACCACUUCUGGCGAGAUUUUCGUCCCCGAGCAAAUCGAAGAGUUCAUGCCUAGUAGUCAGCCAUACGACAGGCACUUGAGUUUAGACUCUCUUGUGUCAGCUAACUCAUUUGAGGCUACUGAUGUCACAUCGACUCCUCCCAGGACCAUGGAAGUAGCACCUUUAGUGUUUGAGAAGGAUGAUUUCAUAGAAAUGGAUGAUCUUCUGAUUCCUGAUCUGGAUGAUUCUGCAAUUGAACAACCUUUGCAGCCCUUUAACACUGACGGGUUGGUGGAUGGCUUGAGUGAGUUUGACCUGUUGUUCCAUGAUGUCGCCAUGUCUUUUGAUAUGGACCCAGUUUCUCAGGGAACAGCUCCAAAUCCGUCCUCUAUGAAGGAGCAUCACCCACAUCACGAGUUCCAGCAGCAGACUCCACAGUGCGAGGUGAACUACCUUUCAGAUCCAAAUGCAGUUGCUCCGAAUCAAUACAGCGGUGUUCUUUGGCUACAAGCUGAGAGGGGCGAUCCCUUGGACGAGCAACAAUAUUAUUCCGAAGCAUUCGCUUCACCUUCAUCAGGUGUGAUUAGCGGGUCGACAAAUCCUCCGACGGCAGCAAGUGCCCAAGACCCGGGAGGCCAAAAUUGCCCCGGAAAAACUACGACAAGGAGCCAGUUCUCUAGUGCACUGUGGUCACUCAUGGAAUCUAUACCAUCCACACCAGCUUCUGCAUGUGAGGGUCCUCCUCUGGACCGAACCUUUGUGCGUAUGUCUAGCUUCAGCCGGAUCAGGUUCACGGCCAAAGCAAAUGGAACCUCCUCCGUGUCUAACCACACAGCCGCCGUAGCGAAGAAGUCUAGAAGGAACAGAGGUUUUCUUCUCUUAUAUAUUCUUGGUGCUUUGUGUGCCAUCUUGGGGAUGUUCAUGGCCACAGUCAGAAUCUCAGAGAGAUCCAUCCCCUAGUCGAAGAAACGAAACUCCACAGCCUUUGGAGUGUGUGAAUGUGUGCAAGUGUAAUAGAUAUGCAUAAUACAUACUGUUUCUUCAGUUCCAUGGGCGUGAA